AUGACUGCCUACUCGCAAGUGCCUCAAGCGGGGCCACUGGCGAACGAGCCAGAGGAGUCGACUGGGGACGGGCACAGGGGUUCUGCUGAGCGGUUGAUUAAUACUUUUGAGUUCGAGUCCGAGUCAGACGAGGAUUGGGUUGACGAUCGCCAAACUAAUAUAGACAGCGCGGCAGCAAACACUCAAACACCGUCCUCCAGCCAGAAUCAGGAGCAUAGUAGGGGGCUGUCCUUCAACAUUUUUGCUCGCUUUGGCAAAAACAAAACAGAGUCUGGGCAUGGCAACGGCGUGUUUGGGAACUUAGUGGCAAAGGGCGACGACGAGGACGUUCAGGAGGACGAUGGCGAGGUGUCGCGCAAUGAAAAGCCGCCUUCGUACGAAGAAGCAGCCGCCGACGCUACGCCGUCCUACUGGGAAACUACGAUCAUGACUUCAGACUGGUCCGACGAGGUCCUGGUGGGCGACAUGCCCGUAGGAGGGCCCAUGCAUUUCGCUUGGAACAUGCUAGUGUCUUCCACAUUUACUUUUAUUGGCUUUGUUGUAACUUACUUGUUCCACACUACCCACGCUGCGCGUGGGGGUUCGCUGGCUGGCCUCGGGUGCUCCUUGAUUCAAGCCAGCUACUCGUUUGACAUAUCGGCCAGAGCACCUUCUGCGCCUCCCGACGAGUUUAUCCCCGACGACCCUAAUGACUUCAAUGGGGGAUCAAUGUCUGGGUCAAUGCACCAUCCAGAGAUGAUGAGCGGUGUCUCUGAACAUAGCGCUGCGGAAGAUUGCAACUCGCAGUCUACUUUGGUCAGUAAUAUCAUGUUCAUUAUUGGGUGGGUUCUGAUUGCCCGCGGACUGCACGCAUACUUGUAUGCGCAGUACAUCAAAACUCGCAUUCUGCGACACAAUACUGAGCAGCAGCAGCAGCAAGUACCCGAAGAACUGGUACUCGAGCCCCAGCCAGAACAGGUUUAA